CAAUUCAGUUCUCUUCAUCCCAAAGCUCAACAAACAUUUCAUCUCAGCUUCUCUCUUCAUUCACUUCUCUUAGGUAAAUAGUUUCAUCAAUCAAGUUCAUCAUGGUUUCUUUUGCUGCUUCCAAUGUUGUUCUCUUUCUUGCUUUCUUGGUCUCUUUGCUUCAUUUCAACACAGAUGCAAGGAGGCUUUCCGAGUCGGAUCAAGCCGAGCAGCCUUUGCUGUUCCAAUACCACAACGGCCCUCUUCUAACUGGCAAAAUCUCUGUUAAUCUCAUUUGGUAUGGCAAGUUCAAGCCUUCUCAACGUGCAAUUGUCUCCGAUUUCGUCGCUUCCGUUACAUCUUCCAAGCCUACAGUAGCCGAACCCUCUGUUUCUACCUGGUGGACAGCCACAGAAAAAUACUAUCAGCUCAGCAAGAAACCUUCUUCUCUUGCCCUUUCAUUGGGUACACAAAUCCUUGAUGAGAACUACUCUUUGGGAAAGUCACUCACAAAUCAACAAAUCAUAGAAUUAGCAUCAAAGGGCGCCCAGAAGAAUGCCAUUAAUGUUGUCUUGACAUCAGCUGAUGUGGCUGUUGAAGGGUUCUGCUCAAGCAGGUGUGGCACCCAUGGUUCAUCUCUGGGCACAAGCAAUGGUCAGAUUAAGGGCAAGAGCUCCAAAUUUGCUUACAUUUGGGUUGGUAACUCAGAAACCCAAUGCCCUGGUCAAUGCGCCUGGCCAUUCCACCAGCCCAUUUAUGGACCACAGAACCCACCUUUGGUUGCACCCAACAAUGAUGUCGGCCUUGACGGGAUGGUCAUCAACUUGGCUAGCCUCUUGGCUGGGACUGCCACGAACCCAUUCGGAAAUGGCUACUAUCAGGGUCCGAAAGAGGCACCCCUGGAGGCUGCAUCUGCCUGCCCUGGGAUUUAUGGUAAAGGGGCUUAUCCAGGCUAUGCCGGAGACCUGCCUGUAGACGCUACAACCGGAGCCAGCUACAACGCACAUGGUGUCAAUGGCAGGAAGUACCUGCUUCCUGCCUUAUUUGACCCUUCAACCUCAACUUGUUCUACUCUGGCUUAAAAACGACGAUCGUAAGACAUGCGAAGAUGUCAGUGUAUAAAUUAUAUGUUAGGCGGUAUAAUUUUGUGAGAGAUUCUUUUAUUGUAUUAUUGGAUUAUUCUUUUUCUAUCCCUGCUGAAUAAGAGAUUCACAGUUAAAUGUUCUCCUUAUCUUA